AUGAGCGCACAAGACGAUCAAACAUCUCAUUUUCACCAACAGGAUCACCAGGCGGCCUAUAUCUUCCGUCCACAGGGAGAGGAAGGCAAGCCCCAACGGCCAGCCAAGAGGCAGCGGGUAUCAAAAAAUGCCGUCAAUGAAGAAGCGAACAAUGCAAUUGCAACGACAUUCGUGCCAUCAUUGAAUGGCGGCGAGCUCGCGGAGUGCGUACGAAUACGCGAAAAGUUAUUCGAGUCCGGCUGGUCCCGAUUAGAGUCCAAGGUCCAGAAAAUCUUGCGUGAUGUGAAUUUGGCUACGCUAGAACAAGUGACUGCUUUCAUUCAGGAGCAGACAGACACACCAAGCAAGAUUCCUGCCGCCUUCGUCAUCACUGGGCCCAAUAUUGCAUCUCAAGAUUUGCUAUUUGAGCAGCUAUCAGAGACGCUUCAAGAGACUACCCGAAGCAAGUUCGUGAGACUCAAGUCGUCCGAGGCAUCCAACAUCAAGGCUGCCCUAAAGAAGAUUGUUGAAGAUGCCACAUCUCGUGGGUCUCUUGAUGACGAAGAUGCCGAGCUGGCGUUUGAAGGCCGAAAGUACCUAAAUUACGACCUGGAGGGUCUGUAUGUCUUCUCGAAAACACAGCAGUGCGAUCACAUAUUUGUCGCGUUCCAAGACAGUGAGGGUUUUGACAGCGCUCUUCUGUCGGAUCUCAUUACCCUCUUCAACUCGUGGCGACCCAAGAUCCCGUUCACUCUGCUGUUCGGUGUUGCGACCUCCGUCGAACUCCUCCAAGCUCGUUUACUCAAAUCAGCCUGUCAACACCUCUACGGCGCUCAAUUCGAUGUCGUGCAGACCGGUACCAUUCUUGAGCAAAUCUUUAAGCCCACCAUCGCGGCAACGGACGCAGCCCUAACACUCGGUCCGAACUUGCUGCACAGCUUGGUAGACAGGCAGCAAGACCAGGUCGCCAGUAUCCAGACUUUUGUUGCAUCCAUCAAGUACGCGUAUAUGUGCCAUUUUUACGCCAAUCCGCUAAGCGUCUUCUCGCUGGAGGACGACGAGAUGAAUAGCGAGCUUGUCCAGGGCGACCAUUUGGAGGCUUUCCGAUCGCUCCCUUCGUUCCGACGCGAGGUUGAGAACGCCGUUGAAGCAAAGGAUCUAAGAUUAGCGAGGUCGUUACUAGAGGACGAUGAUUUGCUACGGGAAAGGAUCUUUGACAUUCCUGACAGAAAACGGGAAUGGGCCACUGGUCUACUUCGCUCGCUUAAGCUGAUCCAGGCUACCGGAGCAGUCCAGGACGACUUUUCUCAAAUGUUCAUGAAAGCGGUGUCCGACGGCAUCGCCCUUUCGUCCGAGAGCUGGGACAUUGUUGAAAGCAUCAAGCGGAUGCAAGCGGACGACUUUGUCUCGAUGCUGCAACGGGUCCAAACAACCGUAGCGACCGGCGAUGACCAGCUAUGUCUCACCGCCUGGGAAUCCGAGGCCGGGGACCUUCCGGCAAUUGUAAAGAAAUGUCUGGCCGAGUCCAAGGAGCUUCUCAGCAAAGCCCAGGAGGACGGCACCACCUUACGGAGCGCGUACAGUGGUCACAGUAGGGUGCUUCGUACAACCGUCGUCGCGCAAAAAGUGCAGCUGAGCCACGAUUCGGCCGCUCUCUCUGAGGACGACAAAGCAUUCACCAGAAUUGUCGACCAGAUUGCGGAGCUCUUCGAGGACGUCAUACGAUGCGAACCUGCCGCAAGUAUUUUCUUACACGAGACAUGGCUCUAUGAUUUCAAGACACCCCACCGGGAUGUUUUCGUCCCGCGACCCCAGGACGUUUUUGAGCGCAGCCUAACCCGACCCCAGGACUACCUCGCCUGUGCUUGCUGCACUACCGACGAAGGACUAUCUACAACACUGCCCGCAACGUCUUUGCUUUACCAUCUCUACUUGGAGACGGGCAACCUCAUCAACGUCGCCGACUUGUGGUCCGCCUUCUACGCCAUGGUGGGCAGCGGCGGCGGUGACGACGCUGAGGAUAGCGAUGGAAACGCCGAUGAGAGGGCAGCGCUGGUGCUCUUUUACCGGGGUCUGGCGGAGCUAAAGGCCCUGGGCUUUGUCAAGAUGAGCAGAAAGAAGACGGACCACAUCGCCAAGCUCAAGUGGCUGUAG